AUGGAGAAUCCUCUGUUAACUAAAUCAAAAAACAAGAUUUUGAAGUUUCUGCCAAAAGCAGCUCAAGCAGCAGUUUCAUUUCAAAACCCUCCUUUCAGCCCUGGCAAAGACAAGCUCAAACUAAGGAUUUCUGGCACGUUUGUUUCGAUGAUUCCGGCGGAAGCUCGCCGGAGAUCAAAGAACUCAAACUUCGAGACACAAGAACCAACUUCACCAAAGGUUUCAUGCAUGGGACAAAUCAAGCACAAGAAAAAACUAAGCAAGAAACACCUCUCUUUGCCUAAGGGAUUCAAGCCCGCCUUGGCUCCUCCGCCGGCGCCGCAGCUGAAGAAAAACCCAUCAAGAAUUCGGAAUAUUUUCAAGCCGGCCGCCGGAAGAAAAUCUGAUGCAUCAGUUGAUUAUAAUAAGCCUCCUCUGCCUAAUCGAGCGCCCAGUUUGAGCCAGAUGAAGGGUUUUGCAAGCAGUAGGGAUACUUUUGCUAAUUUUGAUUGGACAAAAGUGCAGGUUGCACCGGAAGAGGGAGAAUUUGACUCAGACGAAGAGUGCAUAAUUCCGUUCUCGGCGCCAAUAAUGAUGGCCGGCGGUGGUUCAACGGUUUCGUUGGAGCCGAGGAAGGAAAUCAAUCUGUGGAAAAGAAGAACUAUGGCCCCACUUAAGCCUAUCAAAUUAAACAUGGUUAAAUAA